AUGAUGGCUCUCAUCACCCGUCUCCUCGCUAUCACUGUGGUGGCGCUUGCUGUUGUCGCCGCCAAUCCCGUUGCUCAAGGCCCCGGAAUCAUCCGCGACCCUGCCUGUGGCUCUCUCUGCGCCUUCACCGAGCCUCCCUUCCCGAAGGCUGUCUGCCACGAGGUUUUACUCGACAGCGGCAAGUGCAAGGCCAUCUUCAUCAACCCAGAGGUCGGCAAGGUCGACUUCGCGAAGGUCGAGGGUGGCAUCUACCCUGGUGCGGAGGUCAAGCAAACCAAAAAGAAUGUUGCCACCAUCGCCAAUGGUUACAUCAACGCAGACGAUGCUCCCACCGCUAACCGUAUCGGUACCUCUCGCCUCUCCAAGCGCUUCACGGUUGAGAAAACUGAGGAGCCCCAGAAAGUUUGCAAGGAGCAAGGUGUUUCCUGCCUGGACCGCGAACAGAAUGCCGAAGUUGAUGACUGCGUCAAAUUAUUCAGCUUCUGGGAGAAAACCUACGGCAAAUGGACCUUCUCUGCUCUCGAUCUGACUGGCAGAAAUUGGCUUGAGUUCAUGCGCAUCGGCACCUGCCUUGUCGCCAUCGGUUCUCCCGCCGCCAAUCUUCUUGAUUCCCCAAUCACCGGCAAGUAUUCCACCAUUGGCAACCUCGACAUGGUGGGCAUCUUCGCUCAGAGCAUCGACCAUUGCGGCGAGAAGAAGAAGAAGAGUAGCAUGGAAGUCAGAGGCACGAUCAGCUGCAGCGACUUUGACCUCACGUUCUGGAUCGUCGCCACGGACAACUUCGACUGUUGCAAGCCCGACCCGGUGCUGAACCCGCAUAACUAA